AUGGAUAUCCCUCAUCGAGACUUCGCCCACUCGCACCCGUUCCAGUUCCUCGUGGGCCCUGAAAAGCGAUCCAUCUACAUCCAUUCUGGGUUGGUCCAACAGCAUUCGCAGACCCUCGAUACACUUGUGAGGGGUGGGAUGGUCGAGGCAAAUGAACAAUGCGCAACCCUUGAAGACAUUGACGAAGAAACUUUCAUUCGUUUCGUCGAAUUCGCAUACACCGGUGACUAUUUGGUGCCAGCCCCCAAGUUAGUGGUGUCUCUCUCAGCGGACGAUGGCCAGGGUCAAUCUUUUGAGGGUUACGCUGGACGGGAUCUUUCACACAGGGCAAGCGUGGGGUCUCUCACAGCGGACGAUGGCCACGGGCAAUCUUUUGAGGGUUACGAUCCCUGGAAUCCUCCAAAGAGGGCGUUAAAAAAGAAGGCAAUAGUGAAAAAGCGACAGAAUCUGUGGGUCAAUUACGACAAUGGGGAACCUGAACCAGCAGAAGGCCGUCCGCCGAAGCCGCCACCUGAAGAAGUCGAGUUCAUGGCGCAGCACCCAGGGAUCUGGUGGCAACUACCACGGGAGUCCAAAGCGUGGCGUGAGUUCAAGCGCAAAGUACAAGUACGACAGACGCCGGCGUGGGAACCCCGCGCAAACGUGCAUCCCGACGAGGACUACGGGCCCGUUUUCCUCUCUCAUGCCAGCCUCUACGUCUUCUCUGAUAGAUACAGCAUACAAGCCCUGCGGGAACUGGUGCUGCAGAAGCUUCGACUGACGCUGUCCAGGUUCACCUUGUUUCCAGAACGGACGGGUGAUGUUGUCGAGUUGCUGAAAUACGCCUAUGCAUCCACGGGGGAUCAUGACCACGGCAUCGACAAGCUUCGGGACCUGGUAACCGACUAUAUCACAUGUGAAAUCCGGACGAUUGGCACCAACCCUGGCUUUUUGGAGUAUCUGAAAGAGGAGGGUUUUGCAGCAAGUGACCUCAUGGCCAAGCUGGUGGCACAACUGGAUUCCCCUUCAGAGGAUAGGUGA